GAUUCGGCAUAUCGGCAACAGACGGCAAGCGAGCUUAUGUUCCUUCGUUCCAUUCAACACAUCACUUGCCGAACAGGACUGCUGCAUUUUGCACAUUAUAGCCACAUGGUGUCGUCCGUAUCUCCAGAGCGAAAGGCAGAACUACUAGAAUCUCUGGCAGAGAUUCGGUCUCGCGUUGCAUCGGCCUCUCCCGCUACACCAACCUUACUCGUUGCCGUAUCAAAGUACAAGCCAGUAUCGGAUAUCCAGGCGUGCUUGGAGGAUGGACAGCUCGAUUUUGGAGAAAAUUAUGUUCAGGAGCUGGUCGAGAAAGCUAAAGAGUUGCCUCUCGAAAUUCGCUGGCACUUCAUAGGUGCUCUCCAAAGUAAUAAGGCUAAAGCUCUGGCUGCGAUCCCUAAUCUCUACGCGAUCCAAACUCUCACAUCAGAAAAAGCCGCGAGCGCAUUAAACAAGGCGCUACCUUCAGAUCGUACGGCCCCACUUAACGUGCUUAUCCAAGUCAACACUUCCGGAGAAGAAGCCAAGUCUGGCCUGGCGCCAUUAUCGGAAAGCAAACCUUCGGGAGAACUAAUCCAGCUCGCCAAGUUCAUCAUCAACCAAUGCCCCCGACUGCGAUUACAAGGGUUAAUGACGAUAGGCGCAUUGGAGCAGUCCCUAAAUUCCGGUGAUGACAACGCCGACUUUGAAAGGCUGAAGGAGACACGAAACCUCUUACACAGAUUCCUGCUGACUGAGUUUCAGGAAACAGGGAAGGGAAAGUGGGGUACCGUGACGGGCGAUGGACGAUUGCUCUUGAGUAUGGGCAUGUCGAAUGACUUUGAGGCUGCGAUAAAGGCUGGAGGUGACAUUGUUAGAGUUGGCACUGGGAUUUUUGGGUCUAGAAAGACCAAAGCUGAGAUGGCGCCAUGAACAGUCACUGGU